CUUGCUCGGCCCGCGUGGAUGCAGGAGGGUAUUCCGCAAAAAAUGGAUUCGUUGGACAGAGUAGUGAAGCCUAAAACAAAAAGGGCGAAAAGGUUUCUUGAAAAUAGAGCGCCAAAGCUCACAGAAAAUACGAAGAAUGCCAUGUUCAUUAAAGGUGGGAAUGCAAGUUCAACAGUCACUGACGCACUCAAGGACAUUUAUGCUCUGAAAAAGCCAUUUGCUGUUCUAUAUAAAAAAAAAAAUGUUACAAGACCUUUUGAAGAUCAGACGUCAUUGGAAUUUUUUUCUAAGAAGUCUGACUGUUCUCUGUUCCUGUUUGGAUCACAUAAUAAGAAGAGGCCUAAUAAUCUGGUAAUAGGUCGUAUGUAUGAUUAUCAUGUCCUGGAUAUGGUUGAGUUGGGCAUUGAGAAGUUUGUGCGUCUCCGAGAUCUCAAGAACAGCAAGUGUCCUGAAGGAACAAAGCCUAUGUUGAUAUUUGCGGGGGAUGCAUUUGAUUUAAGUGAAAACCAUCGAAGAUUAAAAAGUCUUCUAAUCGAUUUCUUCAGAGGCCCUACUGUGCCCAGUGUACGCCUGGCAGGUUUAGAACAUGUUCUUCACUUCACAGCUGUGGAUGAAAAAAUCUAUAUGAGAAGUUACAAAGUAUUGUUGAAGAAGUCUGGUUGCAAAAUACCAAGGAUUGAACUUGAAGACAUGGGACCUUCACUAGAUUUGGUGAUAAGGAGGACUCAUUUGGCUUCAGAUGAUCUUUAUAAGUUAUCUCUAAAGCAGCCUAAAGCUCUCAAGCCAAAAAAGAAGAAAAAUAUCUCCCAUGAUGCAUUUGGUACAAAAUAUGGACGGAUCCAUAUGCAGAAACAGGAUCUGGAUAAACUGCAGACUAGAAAAAUGAAAGGGUUAAAGAAAAGGCCAGCUGAAAUGAAGACUGGAAAUGAACACAGUCCAAAGAAAGCAAAGUUGGGAUGAUAAAGUGAAACUGGUCUGAGUACUUGACAUUGAUGCUGUUCUGAUUUUAAACACCAUAUAUUCCUAAAUUUAAAUUCAGUGAUUGGUUUGAACAAGUGACUGGUUUGAACCACCUUUUCUCAAUGCAGUGGCAUCCAUGAUCCUUGUGGUCAUUUAUGCUUUUAAAGUAUUGUCGCUGAAAAUAUUAAAAUAUAUUUGUUUUCUAAGUAAUUGAAAAAUAAAUUCAUGAGAUGUCCUUCUAAACUUUAAGGGAGUGUGUUCCUGACAAAAAUGAGCAUAUCACUUUGAACAUAAGAAUGUUAUGAAGCGACUGUUUCUCUACACUUUCUUUGUGAUAUCUUCCCUCAUUGGGAGGGGGACAUUUUUUCUUAUCUUGCUAGUAAGGAAUAUACAAAAGAAUACUACAAAGAAAUGCAGAAAGCAUAAAGUCAUUGUGCCUCAUGGUCCUGCAUCACUCAGACAUCACUAGAACAUCAGACACCCUUAAGGAAUAGCUGCAGAUUUCAUCUUCAUGUGAACUAUCACAUGCUACAAUACAACAUCAGAUACAAGGCCCAGCACCCACCAAGUCUGAAAAUUGAAUUGCAGCAUGAGUUUAAUAGUGUCUGGGAGGCACAGGUCUUACUCUUUGUGGGAAAGCCUUGUACUGUUUCUCACAUUCUGUCACUAAAUGAUCAUUUCUGGGGGGAAACAGUAGCACCUUAAAUUUUCAGUUGUGUUUUAAAAAGAAUGCUACAAUACAUUUGUUACUUAAACUUUAAUCAGCUACAUGGAGUGGUCUCUCUCUCUCUCUCUCUCUCUCUCUCUCUCUCUCUCUCUCUCUCUCUCUCUCUC